AUUCUUUAUUUUCCUUUUUUUUAAAGGAUAAACAAGCCGUCUUAGGUCGACACAAAUAGUUUAUAAAUAGAAAUAGUUUAUUCUUUUCAGUGCAUAAUGAGAAACAGAGUUCAAACUAUAAUCGAAUAAUAAAGUAGCUGUCCAAAGUGUAUCGAAUUGUACACGACAUCGACUCCGUUUUUUUUUUCAAGGAACGAAAUAUGUGACAGGAUUAACAAAGUUCUUUUUGUUCACUGUUUUAUUAUCGAUACUUGAAGCAUGCAACAGAAUUGUUAGAUCUGUUCUAGUUUGUGACUAGAGUUACUUUUUUUGUGUUGUUGUUUUGUUUACAUUUCUUGAGUUGGAUAUAUAGGGUUAUGUAAAAGAGAUCUACCAUGGAUAAAGCUUCACGUUUACGUCGCAAGAUUGGAGCGUGGAGGACAUUCGCUGCUGCCCUUGUAUUGUUGUCCGUGGGCCUAACUGUUGUUGUCAUUGUGCUGGCCCUUAGGGAUCCUGGCAAAAGUAAGCCAUCAACGUGCGGCGCCAAGUCAAAGAACAAAAACUUCAUCGACUUGAGCGAGCCGGAUAAGCCCGGCCCCUUCCACGAUCUGACCAAAUACGAGAUGAAAAGGCUGAGGGAGUUUCUGGAGAAGGAUCCGAAUAUCCACGUCGAGCCUGCAGAGACGGCAAUGGUUAACCAGAGCUGUCUUUACACGCUGGAUUUGUACCCCGCCAAAAAGCAAAACGUUCUCAGAUACCUGGACAGCGGAGGUCCUCAACCUGUUAGACAGGCCCGGGCCAUGGUGUUCAGAGGGGAUCUCAAUCCUCCCGUGGUAGAGGAGUAUGUCUGUGGGCCACUGCCGAAUGUAGAAGAAUGUACACUGCUGAAAUCUGACCAACGAAGAAAUCCUGUCGAGUUUUCUUUACGUCCAGUAAGCCUGCAAGAGUUUGACGCAGUCUACAAGAUUGUGUUAAAGGAAGUGGACAAUAAGAUUGGUUACAUCUUACAAGAAAGUUACGGAACGUCGUAUCACAGUUGUCCACCAGAGGAGUGCUUCAAAAUCUACCCGUCUCCCCUGGCCACCAAUCUUGUUGAUGACAUCAACAUGCGCCGACUUUGGGUAUGGGCCGAAUACAACGUAGAGUAUUACGGCCUGCACCCGGUGGACUUUGGGGUUCUGGCCAACUUAGACGGUUCUGACCCGAGGAAGUAUUCUGUAGACAAGAUCUGGUAUCAUGGUCAGAUGUUUAAUAGUAUGAACGAGCUGAUCGUUGGAUACAAUAGUAGCAAAAUCGACAAGUCGAAAUUAAAAAGACCAGAGAAUACAAGAGACACUUUCUCAAGCCUCAACCAGCGCCAAGACAAACCACUUCCCAAAGAGCCCUUGAGACCUCCCACACUAGUUGAACCUGAUGGAAAGAGAUAUACAGUGAAAGACAGAAAAGUAGAUUACCUGGGCUGGAGCUUCCACUACCGAAUGUCCGUCUUGACUGGACCAAGUUUGUGGGACAUUCGCUACAACGGGGAGAGAAUCGCGUAUGAGUUGAGUUUAGCUGAAAUAGCUGUCUUCUAUUCCGCUGACAAUGAGAUACAAAGGAUCACAGAUUUUGUAGACUCUGGAGCAUUGAUCGGAUCCCACUCUAAAUCAAUGGUCCCGGGAGCCGACUGCCCAGAGAGUGCUACUUUUAUCAACCAGUCGUUUGCUGGUCAGUCAGUGGACGAGCCUGUAGAACUGAGCAAGGCAAUGUGCCUGUUUGAAAACAACAAUGGCUACCCACUGAGGCGUCACUUAUCCUACUCCACAAGCGAGGGAGGCUUCUACGGAGGCAUGCUGGACUCGGUCCUGACUUUUCGGUCCAUAAUAACCAUCGUCAACUAUGACUACGUCUUUGACUUCAUCUUUCACCAGAACGGUGUCAUAGAGACACGGGUCAUGAGCACAGGUUAUAUCUCUGGUUCAUUCUUCACUGAUAAGGAACGACCGUAUGGCUUUCGAACGGAAGAAAACUUUAUUGCUCCCAUUCACUAUCACAUAUUUCAUUUCAAGGCAGAUUUGGACAUCUCAGGGACCUCAAACACGUACGAGACACUAGAUAUAGAGACAGAGAAAGUCACGCUCUUGUCGGUGCCAAACAAAGAAUAUUAUCAAACCAAGUUUGUUCGCAAUGUGAAGAACACUGAACAAGAAGCCCUGUACAAAUUUAAUUUUGAUACUCCUAAAUAUCACGUGGUCCAUAACAAGAACAAAAAAACUAAAUUUGAAGAGAUCAAAGGUUAUAGACUAGCUUUGCACGGCAUGUCUAAGCAACUACUGCCCGAGGGGGUUAACAGCGAGAAAACUAUUCCCUGGGCCCGCCACCAGCUCGUGGUAACCAAGCAUAAGGAUGACGAACAAGUGUCUAGCUCGCCUUACGCCAUGUGGGACAGCUUGAACCCUGUGACGGACUUCAGCAAGUUCUACGAGGAUGAUGAAAACAUCGACGAUGAGGACCUUGUAUUUUGGAUCGCAUCAGGCAUGCACCACAUCCCCCGUGCCGAGGACCUGCCACUGACCACCACCGUGGGGAACCACCUGACGUUUUUCCUGCUGCCAAUGAACUACUUCCCCACCUGUCCGUCAGUGACAUCUCGAGAUCACAUACGAAUCGAGUACAAGGAUCCCAAGAACCCAUCAGAGGGCGUGAGAGUUGAAAGGAAUGGUAACUCCUAUGAGACCUGCUCAAUGCCCAACACUGCUAAGGACUAUGAUGAACUACUACAAGAAAACCCAGAUAUUGUCAUUGAAAGUAGAUUGUCUAGAGGAAUUUUAUAGUUGAUAAAUAGUUAUCAAUUAUUAGGAUAUCUACAAUUAGUAUUCUAUUGUUACUAGGAUUAGGCAGUUUUAUUAAAAAGUAUAAACAAUGAUUAGGAAAAAAAGAACAUUGGCCUAGUAUUUUGUAUAAGUGAUAUCGUCUAUACUAGAUUGAUGUCCGUUUUUUUUUAAAAUUAUAUUUUUAAUAUGCUGAUUUUAACUAGUGUCAUGUUAAAUGCCUGUGACCCUGCUUUUAUGCAAAUUUAUAGGGGGAGGGAACAUGAUUUUUUGGGGGUACUAUAAAACUAUAACUAUUUGACUAGGGUUUUAAAUAAGUAUAUUUAAACUUAACACUGUGGAAAUGUCGGUUGUUGGCAUCAAGCUUGAACUAGUCAAUGAAGACCUAAGAAAUACAAUUUCAAUUAAGAUUUUCUGACCAAUGUGCAUGUCUGAUUAUAAGGAGUUACUGUACUUGUUAAAAUGAGAAACCAAAGAUGUAUAGGUAUGAAAGUUAGUGUGAUAGAGAACUGGCUGAUUCCUUCAGGGAAGUAUGGCAGAGCAAGUAGGAACACAUCUAGUUAUAAGUUUUUUUUUUUUUUUUUCUUUUAAUUGUGUCUACAUUUGAGUUGUUCUCUUGCUUCAAUGGUUUAUUUUGUAGGAUGUGAAAGUCAUUUUGUAUCCAGUGGAUGAACAUUCCUGUCAUUGAACUUUAUCUUGAUUUUUUGUUCUGUCUCUAUUUCUCAUUGCUUUCAAAUUCAGUUUUGUAUGUUUUGAUGUCAUUAAACAAAGUAUUAACUUGUCAUGCUAUAAAAUAUCUGAUGCAGAUUAACAGUUAGUUCAUUGAUAACAAUCACUGUAUCCUUACUGGACGUUUUCAUUUAUCAUUAAAACAACAAACCUUGUUUGUAUUACUAGUAAACCUUACAUUAAAGAGACUUAGAAUAGCAUGUAAUGUUCUGGAAAACUCUGGAGCAAAGUGAAAAAAAAAGGUUAAAAUUAUUUGUAGACAUAUUUUCUUUUUGCCCAGCCAUCAUUGAUGCAUCCCUGUACACUUAACAACUUAAAAGUAACAUUGUCUUCAUGACAAUUUACCUUUGACAUCUCCAAUUUAAUGUAUCAAACCAUAUUGACACAUAAUUUUACUAUAUAAUAAUUACAACCAAGCGAUCACAUAAAACAUCAUAUAAAAAAAAACCUGUUCACAAGAAAGAUAAACAUAUUCAAGUUUUCAUUUCAUCAACAUUUGAUUCAUUUGAUUUGAUGAACCAAUGAACCAAGUUCAUUAGAAACAAAACAAAGGUGAUGCUGUAAUGAAUCUGCUACACAAUAGCAAGGUUUUUAUUUUUAAAUUUAUGGUCAUCUUUGAAAUAUACUGUACAUAGUGUCAUUUGUUCACUUCAGACUUUUUGUUAUAGACAUCUUGUACCAUGCAUUAAAUACAUGUUUUCAUACUUACUUACUACAAAUAAAUGUUCAAACAUAUUGA